UGACGUCAUUCGGCUUGUGACGUCACCGUCGCUGGCUACUGUGGCGCUCCGCAGCCCACAGGCAGGAUGACGCAACCGUCAGAACCGGUGCGGACCUGUGCGCGCUGGAGAUGUUAGCGAGGCUGGCGGCUAGAGGUACCGGGAGAGGGCGAGGAGAAACGGCAGAGAAGCCCAAACUGGGUGGUGUUCGCAGGGCCCCGACUGGCCCCGCCUCCGCGAUGACAGACGCGGGUCAGCCAAUCCGGGCCGGCCGCGGGGAAGCGCAGCCUAUCAGCGGCCGGGGCUCGGCCGGCGCUUCCGUGUUCGUUCGCGAGCGCCCCGCGCGAGUCCGCGGGGGAGGGGACGGAGGCCCAGGCAACGCACCGGGGCUCCCCACGGCGCUCCCCCGCGGCGCUCUCCGCCUGGCCUGGCGGGUCUGCGGGCCCAGGCCGCCGCCUCCCAGGGGACCGGAUGGCCUCGGAAGGCCCGGCGGGGGAGCUGGAAGCGGUGCUGGGGGGUCAGGGGCUGCGUGUGCAGAGCUGGGACUCGGAGCCGGCCGGGGAGCUGCGGGCACCCGUGCGGCUGCGGAGGAACGUCUGCUACGUGGUGCUGGCCGUGUUCCUCAACGAGCAGGAUGAGGUGCUAAUGAUCCAGGAGGCCAAGAAAGAAUGCUAUGGGUCAUGGUACCUGCCUGCGGGGAGAAUGGAGCCUGGGGAGACCAUCGUGGAGGCCCUGCAGCGGGAGGUGAAGGAGGAGGCCGGGCUGCACUGCGAGCCUCUGACAUUGCUGUCUGUGGAGGAGCGGGGCCCCUCCUGGAUCCGCUUCGCGUUCCUUGCUCAGCCCACAGGUGGAGUUCUCAAGACUUCCAAGGAGGCAGAUGCAGAGUCCCUGCAGGCUGGCUGGUACCCACGAACCUCCCUGGCCACUCCUCUGCGAGCCCAUGACAUUCUGCACCUGGUUGAACUGGCUGCCCAGUACCGCCAUCAGGCCAGGCACCCUCGCAUUCUGCCCCAAGAGCUUCCCUGCAGUGUGGUUUGUCAGCGGCUCGUGGCCACCUUUACCAGUGUGGCCACCCAGACAGUGUGGGUGUUGGUAGGCACAGUGGGGGCGCCUCACUUGCCCAUCACUGCCUGUGGCUUCACCCCUAUGGAGCAGAGGGGUGGCAUCAACAUAGCCAUCUUGCGGCUGCUACAGGAGUGUCUGACUCUGCACCACUUGGCAGUGGAGACCAAGGGAUUGCUGGGGCUACAGCACCUGGGCAAAGGCCAUACGGAUGGCAUCUGCCUGAAUGUGCUGGUGACAGUGGCUUUUCGGAACCCAGGUAUCCAAAAUGAGCCCCCAGAGGUUCGGGGUGAGAACUUUGUUUGGUGGAAGGUGAUGGAGGAAGACCUACAAAGCCAGCUCUUACAGAGGCUUCAGGAAUCAUCUGUUGUCCCAGUCAACAGAUAGAAAGGUGCCAUAAGUAGACACGGAGCUGCUGUCUGUGCUCCCUCCACAUGCCUUCCCCUCCCUCUUAGGGAGGCAGGAGGUUGGCAAUCAGGGAUCCUGUUGUAUUGCGAGCAGGAUAGUUCUCCUGCUUCUCAGGGGGACUUCCAUCUCUCCUCACCAUGAGCAGGUCCCUACAUUGCACCAGAAGGGACAAUGCCUGUAACCAAGCAAGGAGUCCAGAGCUCAAGGGGAUAUGGGAACAUUCUGAAUCCGAGACAGCAUCUUCUCUUCUACACCAGGUUCUCAGGCACUUGGAAUAUGAAGGGGUUUCUGGGGGAGGUCACUCCAAGGACUGUGUCCCUUGCUGAGUAAAUAGGUGUUGCUUA